UUAAUCGUGCUAAAUACUAAAUAGCAUGAUAAAUUCAGUUUAUAUUUUACUUUACAAGUAAAUUCAUAAUUAUUUUUAAACUAAUGUAGUAACGAUGCCUCAAUAAAACCUUAUACAAUACAAUAUUACCUAAUAUACAACUUUUGUGUAUGUGUUAUUUUAAAUAUGCAAAAAGUCCUUUUUCUAUACUGAAUCGAUUGCUUAUUACUUUGUGACAUUUUAUUUACCAUCUGAAAAUAACAAAAUGUCUACUAAAUCAGUAUUUGUCACUGUCGGUACCACUAAAUUUAAUAAACUAAUUGAUUCUGUCACUGACCGUCGUACCCUUGAAGCUCUAAAACGUAAUGGCUAUACAUCAAUGACUCUUCAAGUGGGAAACGGUACAUUUACUCUUGAACCUUCUGAUGUAAUGGAAAUCUCAAGUUAUACAUUUAAGCCGGAUAUUGGGACUGAUAUGAUAAAUAGCGAUCUAGUAAUAAGUCACGGAGGAGCUGGUUCCAUAAUGCAAGCAUUAGACUAUGGUAAACCUUUGUUGGUGGUAGUUAAUGAAAAGUUAAUGGACAACCAUCAAUACGAAUUGGCAGAAAAAUUAUGUGAAGAAAACCGAUUAUAUUAUACAACUUGUGAAAAUUUAUGUAAUUGUAUUGAAAAUUUAGAUUUCAGCUUAUUAAAUUCAGUAAAAAUUGAUAAUUCAAAAAAAAUAUGUAAACAAAUUGAAUGUUAUUUAAAAAUAUAAACAUAUUGUGUUGUACUUUGUUAAUAUUUUUAUAGAUUUAAUCCCAAUUUAAUAAUUGAAACAAUACAUGCAUCAUAUUUAACCAUAUUAUUAUGUUAAUUAUGUUAUAUUAUUAAUUCCUUGAAAAUAUAAAUUAAAUUUGGCUUUGCUUAUUCAUGUAUAAA